AUGUCCUUACAUCAAUUUGAUUACAUCUUCGCAAUUGCGAUGAUUUUCGCCUUUUUGGACGCUUGGAACAUUGGUGCCAACGACGUCGCCAACUCCUUCUCGUCUUCAGUCUCCUCGAGAUCGCUCAAGUACUGGCAAGCCAUGAUCCUCGCUGCGAUAAUGGAGUUCUUGGGUGCCGUCUUGGUCGGUUCGAGAGUCUCCGACACCAUCAGAAACAAAAUCGUCGACGUCAGCGUCUUUGCUGACGAGCCCGCCGUGUUGAUGUUGACCAUGGCCACCGCUUUGGUCGGUUCAAGUACCUGGUUGACCAUUGCUACUUCCAUGGGUAUGCCCGUUUCCACUACUCACUCCAUUGUUGGUGCUGUCAUUGGAGCCGCUAUUGCUGCCAAGGGUGGCGAGAACAUCCGCUGGGGAUGGGGCGGUGUUGCCCAAAUUGUGGCUUCCUGGUUCAUUGCCCCAUGUAUCGCUGGUGCUUUUGCCUCGGCGGUGUUUCUCAUUUCCAAAUUUGGAGUCUUGGAGAUCAAGAACCCCAGAACCUCGUUAAGAAACGCCCAGAUGUUGGUGCCAAUCUUGGUCUUUGCCGCUUUCUCGAUCUUGACCAUGUUGAUUGUCUGGAAAGGUUCUCCAAAGUUGAAAUUAAACAAAUUGUCUACCGGAACCACAUGUGCCGCCAUCUUUGGCACCGGUGCCGUUGCAAGUGCCAAAUACCUCUUGUUUGCUUACCCAUACUACAGAAGGAAAUUGAAGUACGAGGACUGGACCUUGAAAUGGUACGACAUCUUCCGCGGCCCAAUCUUCUGGUUCAAAUCCACCGACAAUAUCCCACCAAUGCCCGAAGGACACCAAUUAACCUUGGACUACUACAAAGGUAGACGUUAUGACGAGGCUGGUAACUUGAUUGACUCACACGCUGCUGCACCUAGCGAAAUUGCCGACUCAGACGACAGGAAAUCGGACGAGUCCGACAGUGCUAGUCACAAGGACAUUGAAAAGACCCAAUCCACAACCGAGAAUGCAUUGUCAAAGCAAGAAUCCGGCGAGCAAAAGAAGAAAUUCCCAAACAAGUUCUCUGCUUACUGGCAAUUAGUCAAGGAAUCGCCAAAGAACUGGCCAUUGGUUCUUUUCUUGGUUGCUACUCAUGGUGUUAGACAGGAUAUCAUCUCCAACCAAGCUAAAUCCAAGGACAUGUUAGCUGGUGACUUGGCCAAGAUGCACACUUCUUCCAAGUACUACGACAACAAGAUUGAGUACAUGUACUCCUUGUUGCAAGCUAUUACUGCUUGUACCAUGUCCUUUGCCCACGGCGCCAACGAUAUUGCCAACGCUACAGGUCCAUUAGCCACUGUUUACUUGGUGUGGACCACCAACACCACUGAUACCGAAGCAGAGGUUCCAGUGUGGGUUCUUUGUUACGCUGCUUCUGCUUUGGUCAUUGGUUUGUGGACUUUUGGUUACAGAAUCAUGGCCAACUUGGGUAACAAGUUGAUCUUGCAAUCACCAGCUAGAGGUUUCGCCAUUGAGUUGGGUGCCGCUGUCACUACCGUCAUGGCUACCCAGUUGGCUAUCCCUGUCUCCACCACCCAGUCUGCUGUCGGUGCCACUGUCUUUGUUGGGUUAUGUAACAAGGAAUGGAAAUCAGUCAACUGGAGAAUGGUGAUCUGGUGCUACUUGGGAUGGAUCUUCACCUUGCCCAUGGCUGGUUUGAUCGCUGGUAUCCUCAAUGGUAUCAUCUUGUACGCCCCAUCCAAGGGUAUCACAUACACCAUGAGUUAG